GGGGCCGGGUGGAGGCCGGCGUUGCCGUCGCCAUUUAGCGCGGAGCCUUGGGCGGGCGUCGCUCCCGCCUGCUGACAGCAGCAGGGGGAGAAGAAGAACAAGAAGAAGGAGGAGGAGAAGAACAAGAAGGAGAAGAACAAGGAGGAGAAGGAGGAGGUGCCUUCUUCUUCUUCUUCCUCAGGGUCGGUGAAGGCGCAGCCCUCGUCGUCCCCGUCCACGUCGACGGGACUGAGGAGAAAAGGCGGGGAGAAGAGGAGCGGCCGGUCCUUCCCCCCACCCCCGUCCUCCUUCUCAGCGACGGGAGAGAGGAGGGGAAGGAAGGCCAGGGAGCCGGCUUUCCCGCCUGCGGCCAUGGGGGCCGUGUGAGGGCAACGGUGGGGGUCGGGGCCUAGCCCGCCUCAGGACCGGCCGCCGCACCAUGGACGCUUGGCGGGAGCCGCCCCCGCCGGUGGUGGUGGUGGUGGUGGAGGGGUGACCCCCGCGGCGGCCCAGCAUGUCGGCGGGCCCGUCGGGCCCCCCGGGCCUCCUGCCGCCCCCCGCCAAGAACGGGUCGAGCUCGUCCCGCUCGGUGGGGGAGGAGCUGUCGCCGGGCCCGGAGGACGACGAGCCGCCGCCGCAGCCCUACCGGCGCCGCCGACACACCAUGGACAAGGACCGGCGCGGGGCCGCCACCCCGGAGCACCGCUUUUUCCGCCGGAGCGUCAUCUGCGACUCCAAUGUCACCGCCCUGGAGCUGCCCGGGCUGAGCCCCGCCGCCGCCGCCGCCGCCGCCAGGCCCCCGGCCCCGAAGCCCGGGCCGCCGCCGCCGCCCUCCUCCUCCUCCUCCUCCGCCUCGUCGUCCUCGUCGUCCGCCCGGGCGGCCCCGACCUCCCCCCCCGGUCCCGGGGCGGGGACGGCGGCGGCGGCGGCCCGGGAGGUGGAGGAGCGCAGCCGGCAGCAGGACGACAACGAGGAGCUGGAGACCAAGGCCGUGGGCUUCUCCAACGACGGGCGCUUCCUCAAGUUCGACAUCGAGAUCGGACGCGGCUCCUUCAAGACCGUCUACCGGGGGCUGGACACCGAGACCACCGUGGAGGUGGCCUGGUGCGAGCUGCAGGAUCGGAAGUUGACCAAGUCAGAGCGACAGAGAUUUAAAGAGGAGGCCGAAAUGCUGAAGGGGCUUCAGCAUCCCAAUAUCGUUCGAUUCUACGAUUCCUGGGAGUCUACGGUAAAAGGGAAGAAGUGUAUCGUUCUGGUGACCGAACUUAUGACAUCCGGAACCCUUAAAACGUACCUGAAGCGGUUUAAAGUGAUGAAGAUCAAAGUUCUGCGUAGUUGGUGCCGGCAGAUCCUGAAAGGGCUGCAGUUCCUCCACACGCGCACUCCACCCAUCAUCCAUCGGGACCUCAAGUGCGAUAACAUCUUCAUCACCGGCCCUACCGGUUCCGUCAAGAUUGGCGACCUGGGCCUGGCCACCCUCAAGAGGGCAUCUUUUGCCAAGAGUGUCAUAGGUACCCCAGAGUUCAUGGCCCCUGAGAUGUAUGAGGAGAAAUAUGAUGAAUCCGUUGACGUUUAUGCUUUCGGGAUGUGCAUGCUUGAGAUGGCCACAUCUGAAUACCCUUAUUCGGAGUGUCAGAAUGCCGCACAGAUCUACAGGAGAGUAACCAGCGGGGUGAAGCCGGCCAGCUUUGACAAAGUAGCAAUUCCCGAAGUGAAGGAAAUCAUCGAGGGAUGCAUCCGUCAAAACAAAGACGAAAGAUAUGCUAUCAAGGACCUUUUGAACCACGCCUUCUUCCAGGAGGAGACGGGUGUGCGGGUGGAACUAGCAGAAGAAGAUGACGGGGAGAAGAUUGCCAUUAAACUGUGGUUACGCAUUGAAGACAUUAAGAAGCUGAAGGGCAAAUACAAAGACAAUGAGGCUAUCGAGUUUUCCUUUGACUUGGAGCGAGAUGUCCCGGAAGAUGUAGCCCAAGAAAUGGUGGAGUCAGGUUACGUCUGUGAAGGAGACCACAAGACCAUGGCCAAAGCCAUCAAGGACCGGGUGUCACUGAUCAAGCGGAAACGGGAGCAGAGGCAGCUGGUUAGGGAGGAGCAGGAAAAGAGGAAGCAGGAAGAGAUCACUCUGAAAGGGCAAGGGGAGCCCCAGGGAGGGCUCUCCCAGGCAGGGAGCAAACCUCUUCCCUCCGCCACCGGCCCCGCCACGACUUCUACCACGUCCGCUUCCGUUUCCACCCAAGUGGAGCCGGAAGAACCCGAGGCGGAUCAGCACCAACAGCUACAGUACCAGCAGCCCAGCGUAUCCAUUUUGUCUGACAGGACGGCGGACAGUGGCCAGGGCUCUUCGGUGUACACGGAGUCACGAGUGAGCAGCCAGCAGACGGUGUCGUUCGGUUCCCAGCAUGAACAGGGGCUGUCGGCGGGCGGACCCCCGCCCCCCGGGUACACCGCAUCGGGUGGUCAAGCGCCGCCCCAGCCGCACGGAGGUUACCCACCAUCCUCAGUGCCUCAGUCCGUGGUGCGCCCCCGUGGGGUGACCUCGACACCCCCAGACUCCCAGCUCGGUUUCCCCGCCAUUCGCGAGCGUCCAGUCUCUUUCUCGCCACCUCCCAGCUGCCCGCCGAAGGUGGCCGUUUCCCAGCGACGCAAGAGCACCUCCUUCUUGGAAGCCCAGGCCCGCCACUUCGCGGCCCCGGCCCGCCCGGCGGGGCCGAGCCUCCUGCUCCCCCCCGGUCCCUGGACCCCUGAGGCCGCAGAGCCCCCCGAGGCGCCGGCCCCGGCUUACGCCGAACGCAGACCGGGGCCCUCGACGUGGGAGGAGGCCCACUACCGGCUGCCGCAGGAGGCGGUGUAUCUCACCGGGCUGCGCUACCCGGCCCAGGUGGCGGAGCUGUACGAGGCCCCCGGCCCCCAGGGCUGGGGCCCUCCCGACCAGAGCCCGGCCCUCGGGGUUCCCCCCGCCGGCUCCGUGUUCGAAUUCCCGGUGGGGCAGGCCUUCCUGGUGGGACACCUUCAGAGCCUGAGGCUGGAGCCCGGGGGAAGCCCCGGGUCUCCCGGGCCCGGGGGGUCCGCGCCCCCGACGGCCGACGCCGCCCGCGUGAAGCUCCACCCGGUGUUCGUCCCCCACUCGGCGCCCGCCGUGCUGACCCACAGCGGGGAGGGUCGGACCAGCUGCGUGUUCGAGUUCCACGUGCACCCCCCGGCGGGGGCCGCCCCGGGCGACGGCGGCGGGGCCGCGGCCCAGAGGGUCUACCGAAGCCGCUGGGGCUCCGCGGACCUGGGGCAGGAGGAGCCGGCGGGGGCCCUCGGCCGCCUUCAGCCCGUGACGGAGGAGCAGCAGCACGGCUACCCCGACCCGGAGAGCCUCAGACCCGGCCGGCCCCUGGGGAGCCCCGAGUACUCCAGCGACUCCUCCCAGAUGACCUCCUCCGACACCGGGGACUAUCAGUCGCCCCCGCCCUACGGGGGCCCAUCGGCCCAGUUCUUCCCCGACUUCCCGGUGCCUUACAUCCACCUGCCUCCGGCCCUGUUGCAGGAAUCCCCGCUUUUCGUCUGUUUCCCCCAGGGAGCAACGGCGCAGCAGGCCUUGUCUUCCUCAUUCCCGUCGGCGGGAGGAUCUGCGUUCUACCCUCAGGUUACAGGACCUUCUCUUCCUGGAUGCUCCCCCACUCCCCAACCCCCUAACCUGCUCCCGUGCUGUUUGGGUUUGUUCUUCGGGAACAUGCAGAUCCGCACCCUCGUGCCUGAAUUAGGGCCGUUGUUUACAGCCCAGGGCCAGAGUCAGGGCCAGCCAGCUGCAGGUGGCCUAGCGGGCAUCCCCAUCUCCCAGACCACCGCCCAGCAUGCGCCCCAGCCACAGGGAGUUCAACAGGCCGCUCCCCCUCCUUCCCAGACGGGGCAGUACCCGCUGCAGCAACCGCCGGCGUCCAGUACGGCCACCACGGUGCAGCUCGGGCCUCCACCCCAGGGGGCGCAGACGUCGGCCGGGAAUCAGCUUCCUGUUUCCCAGCCAGUACCAACCAUCCAAGGCGAUCCUCAGAUACCAGUGGCCGCGCCCGCCCUCCCCCACCCCUCAGUGGCCCCCGGCCUCUCCGGGACGCACUUCCUCCCCCUGGGGCAACCCCUCCCGGCUCCCUUAGCCCCCCAAUUCUCCGUGCCUCAACUGCCGUUACCGGUCCCUCAGGUGACCACGGCCCAGACGGGGUUCUCCCCGCUACCCGGGCCCGUGGCGGCCGGAGUUCACCAGCCUCUGCUCCAGCUGGCCCCGUCCGCGGCCGCUGGGUCGGUGGGCUCGACGGUGGUCCCCAGCCACGUGCCCACCCUCCUGCAGCCCGGGAUGCAGCUGCCGAGCCAGGUGGUCCCCCAGCUCCUGCAGCCCGUGGGAAUUCCGGCCCACCUCGGGCAAGCUGCCAAAGCACCUCUUCCCCCUGGAGAUACUCUGUAUCAGGGCUUCUCGCCUCGACUGCCACCUCAGUACCCCAGAGACGCAAACGCCGCUCCCUCCCCCGCCGGGGCUUCUGUGUGCAUCCCUUCCGCCGUCCUCUCCCCUCCUUUACCCCCCGAGGCCGGGGCCGCCCCCGGCUACCUUUCCUCCGGGGUGCAGCCUUACGUGGACGCGAGCCUCUCGGCCCCCCUGGGCAGCCUAGGAGGGCAGGGACAAGUGCCCCAGCCAGCACUGAGCGUAGCAACACCAACCCCUACUCCGUCCCCCCAGCAAGCAACCUCGGAGAGCGUUCCGGUCCUCCCCCAGCCCGCGCCUCCAGAGGUGGCAGCGGUCACCCAGGCGCAGCCCGGCCCGACCACCACGCUGGUCUCUUCUAUAGACAGCGCACAUUCGGACGUCGCUUCCGGGAUGAGCGAUGGGAACGAGAACGUCCCAUCAGCCAGCGGGAGGCACGAAGGGAGGACCGCCAAGCGCCAUUACCGGCGGUCCGUCCGGAGCCGUUCACGCCACGAGAAGACCGCGCGGCCCAAGCUGAGGAUUCUCAACGUCUCCAACAAAGGAGACCGGGUGGUGGAAUGCCAGCUGGAGACGCACAAUCGGAAAAUGGUCACUUUCAAAUUUGACCUGGACGGCGAUAACCCCGAGGAGAUCGCAUCCAUCAUGGUGAAUAACGAUUUCAUCCUGGCCACGGAGAGGGACUCGUUCGUGGAUCAGGUCCGAGAAAUCAUCGAGAAAGCCGACGAGAUGCUCAGUGAAGACGUUAGUGCGGAACCAGAGGGGGAGCAGGGUCUGGAGGGCCUGCAGGGAAAGGAUGACUACGGCUUCUCGGCCUCCCAGAAAUUGGAGGGAGAAUUCAAACAGCCAAAUCAGACGUUGUCGAUGCCCCAGCGGAUAGGCGUCCCAGCCAACUCUUUAACCCAAGUUGUCCAUUCCGCGGGAAGACGGUUCAUCGUCAGCCCCGUGCCCGAGAGUCGGUUACGAGAACCCAAGUAUUUCACGAUGGCGGGAGCCGCUCCCGGAGAAGCCUCCGACCCGGCUGCCGCUUCUUCGUCCCACGGCCCCGGGAUGAACCUGUCUCACUCGGCUUCAUCCCUCAGCCUGCAGCAGGCUUUCUCGGAGAUCCGCCACGGCCAGCUGGCCGAGGGACCCAGCACCGCUCCCCCAAACUUUAGCCUCGCCGGGCCGGCCUUCCCCGCCGGGCCCCCCGCCGUGACCAGCGCAGCCGGGGCCCCGCCUCCGGGAGCGGCGGUCUCCGGGCCUCCGGCCUCCGGCCCCGCCACCGGAAGUCCGUUCGGCAGGAUUCCCGUGCCGAUCAUCCAGUCCGCGGUCACCGUGCCCACCGAAAAGGGGGCGACCGGAGCGGCCCCCGUCUGUCUCGCUGGGCAGCCGCCGGCGGUCACUAGCGUGGCCACCUCUAUCAGGGUCUCCGACGCGGCCCCGUUACCUCCAGGUCCCAGGCGGUCCCGACGGCCCCUCCUGGGGCGACGGUCCCCGCCCCAUUGGCACCCCCCCGUCGCGGGGUCGGCUGUCCCUCCGGUCCCCGGAGCGGGCGGCGCUCCCGCCCCGGCAGCCGUCCCCCCGGCCGUGACGUCUCAGCCCGUCCAGCCGGCUGUGGGCGGAGCUUCCUCCGCGCUCCCCGGCCCGAGCCCGGCUCCCCAGCCCCCGGCUCUGCUCAGCAACAGCUGCUCGGCCCCAAGCCUGGCGGAGACGGUGGUGGUCAGCGCCCUGCACCCCCGGCCCGAGUGCACCCACUCUCUGGACAGGGCCCCGGCUGGCCCCGUGCCGGGCUUGUCCCUGUCUCUCUCGGCUCCGUCCUCUUCCGUGGGGGCGUUGGGGGUCCACCCGCUGCUCAUCUCCUCGGCCGUGGCCUCCACCCCCGUCCUGCCCCAGGCAGCCGGGGCCCUGUCCACGCCUCUGCCGGCCCAGGGCCCGCUUGCCGGCCUCCCGCCCCUGGCUCAGCCCGUGGCCAACGUGCCGGCCGUGCAGCAGACACUGGUCCACGGUCAGCCCCAGCCAGCCCCUCUCCCCAACCAGCCGCACAGCCACCCCGAGAUGGACCCCGAGGCCCAGCCCAAAGCCCCGGGAAUCGACGACAUUAAGACCCUGGAGGAAAAACUGCGCUCCCUCUUCAGCGAGCACAGCUCGGCCGGCGCCCCGCAUGCCUCCGUCUCCCUGGAGACGUCCCUGGUCAUGGAGACCCCCGUGACGCCCGGCGUGCCCACCACCGCCAUCGCCCCCAGCAAGCUCCUGACCUCCACCACGAGCACCUGCCUGCCGCCCGCCAGCCUGCCUCUGGGACCGACCGGCCUCCCGGGGGUCACGCCCGCCGCCACGCCCGGCCAGGCCGCCACUCCCAUCAGCUACGUCCCGGCGCCGGUCAGCCUGUCAGCAGGGGCCAAGCCGGGCACGCCGCCCUCGAAGCCACCCCUCGCCAGGGUCCCGGUGCUGCCAGUAGGUACCGAACCUCCAGCUGGUACCCCACCCAGCGAGCAGCUGCCGCCUUUUCCGGGACCUUCACUAACUCAGUCCCAGCAGCCUCUGGAAGACCUGGAUGCUCAGUUGAGACGAACCCUCAGUCCGGAGACCGUCCCGGUGGCCCCCGGUCCUGUGGCGCCCACGCCAGCGGUGACUUCUGCGCCGGCGCCCGUGGCCGUCCAGACGGCAACGCCGCCUCAGAGAGACGCUGCCUCGGCCCUUCCCGGCCCGGAGAAAAGCAGCGGCGGAAGCACCUGUCCAGGGGCCGGAGUCCUCAAGAUGGGCCGCUUUCAGGUCUCCGUGGCGGCAGACGACAGCCUGGCAAGGGACGGGAGCAAGUCGGAAGAAGCCAAGUCCGUGCGCUUCGAGUCCAGCACGUCCGAGUCCUCCGUCCUGUCCAGCGGUAGCAGCGGCGGCGCCAGCAGCCCGGAGAGUACCCUGCUGAAGCAGGGACCGGGCCGGACGGUCCGAGGGGACGCCGUGGACGGUCCCGCCGGCCGGCAGUCGCCGCCGGACGCCGGGCAGCCCACCAAGGUCGGGCGCUUCCAGGUGACGCCGACGGCAGAUCACCGAGUGGGCCGCUUUUCGGUGUCAAGGACUCAGGCCGGGGAGGCCGGGGAGCGAGAGGCGCCGGGGACGGCCGCGGACAGGGAGCCGGCCACCCCGACCGCCAAGAGGGCGCCGCCGGACCCGGCCCACCUGAACGGGCCAUCUUAUGACCUGGAGGCGGCCUUCCUGGCCCGGGGGCUGGGCGAGGAUUCGGAGAGCCCGCGCUCGCCCCGCCAGCUGGCCUCCAAGGGCGGCCUCCCCAUCCCGGGCCUCAGCCAGAGCCUGACCAAUUCGCUCAACUCAUCCUACAUGAGCAGCGACAACGAGUCCGACAUCGAGGACGAAGACUUGAGGUCGGAGCUGCGCCGGCUCAGGGAGAAGCACCUUAAAGAGAUCCAGGACCUGCAGAGCCGGCAGAAGCAGGAAAUCGAGUGUCUGUACACCAAGCUGGGCAAGGUUCCGCCCGCGGUCAUCAUCCCCCCGGCCGCCCCGCUGUCGGGACGCAGGCGGAGGCCCACCAAGGGCAAAGGCAGCAAGUCGAGCCGUAGCAGCUCCCUGGGGAACAAGAGUCCCCAGCUGUCGGGCCACCUGUCUGCCCAGAGUGCAACGUCAGUCUUGCACCCGCAGCAGCAGGCCCUCCACCCUCCCGGCAGCGUCCCCGAGACGGGGCAGAACCAGCUGCUCCAGCCCCUAAAACCGUCUCCCUCCAGCGACAACCUCUGUUCCGCCUUCACCAGUGACGGCGCCAUUUCGGUGCCGAGCCUUUCUGCUCCCGGCCAAGGCUGCGCGAAGUUUAACUGUGCGUCCGAGCGAGUGACGUUCAAGCCUGGCAGCAGGAGGACGCGAUUUCUGAGGAAGAUGGUGAAAAAAGUCUGUCCCUGCAACCAGCUCUGUAGGACCAGCAGCACCAACACGGUCGGGGGAACGGCCCCCAGCCAGGCCCCGCCGGCCCAGGCCCCGCCCGCCGCCACGUCCGCCAACGCCGCCGCCGCCGGCCGCAAGGGCACCUUCACCGACGACCUGCAUAAGCUGGUGGACAACUGGGCCCGCGACGCCAUGAACCUGUCCGGGCGCCGGGGCAGCAAGGGACACACCGGCUACGAGGGCCCGGGCAUGGCGAGGAAGUUCUCGGCGCCGGGUCAGCUCUGCAUCUCCAACCUGGGCGGCUCGGCCCCCAUCUGCACCGCGUCAGCUACCUCUCUGGGCCACUUCGCCAAGGCCAUGGGCCCCCCGGUGCCGGCACCGCCGCAGUACGGCUUCCCGGGGGCCCCGUUCGGCGCCCAGUGGAGCGGACCCGGGGGCCCCCCGGCCCAGCCGCCCCUCAGCCAGUACCCGCCCGUGGGGACCACCUCCUUGCAGAGUUUCAACAUCGGCACCCUGCAGAAGUCCAUCAGCAACCCCCCCGGCUCCAACCUGCGGACCACCUAGCCCGGCCCCGGGGCCCCGCCGGGCCCGGAGAGCCGGGGGGACGACGGCCGGCCGGACCCGGGCCGCCUCCGGCCGGCGGGGGGACCGGCGGCGGUUCCCGCCGAGGGGGCGGCCCUCCCGGCCGCCCGCCUCCGGGGUCGGGCCGAGGGGGGACGGGAAGAGGGCGGGAGAGGGGGAGAGAGGCGGCUCCUGCCGGGGAGGGGGCGACCCUCCCCGCCCCCGCGCCCGGGGUGCCCCUGCUGUCCGCCGACACCCCCCUCCCUGCCCCGCGGGCCCCCGAACGGGCAAAGCUUAGCCCCAGCAUGAGGCUUCCGAGCUCCCCUUUUCCCACCCCCCGGCCCCGGCCCCCUCCCCUCCCCGAGCAUCCGGGCGGGCAGAGAAGCCCUGGGGGUUGGACCCGACCCGAGCGAGCGGGUGGGUCGGGGCGUUCGGGGGAGGUCGGGCGUUGCAGCCUCGCUCCAGAUAGGUCAUUACCGCUUUAAGGAAAAGAUAUUUACGGCUUGGACGGCAGCGUUAGCGAUUGAAACCGUUCUCGGAAAUCCGGCGGGUUUCCCCGCAGCCACCUCCCCGGGCCUCGGGUUUGGACGUGGAAGCACUGUGAUGUAGAAGUGGCGUCGGACGACGGUAGUUGAGACGAAGAGUGGAUUAGGAAGGGUUUGAAAACGUUCCCCCCCGUCCCCACGCCCCUCCCCAGUCACGACCCAAAGCUAGCUCUACCCUCGUACUUAUUGGAGACACUUUAACUUUUUCUUUGGUAUUUCCAUUGUAUUAGAUAAAUAAAUGUGAAUGUAAAAUUGUACAAAUUACCAAACUUGAAUACGCGUCCGUCCCCCCGCCCCUCCUCCUCUCCUCGUCCCCCCCCCUCCCCCCAACCCAGUAUUGCUUGCUGGAUAUUUUAGUGCCUUGAGCCCUGUUGCUUCUGCAGCUCGUGCCCCCUCCCCGGCAGCCCCCAGCCCGGCCGAGGGACAGCAGAGCGAGGGGGAAGCCGGGGCCUCUGUGCAAGUGUAACCGUCCCCCGACCCCGCGGGUCCGGAGAAGAGAACCGGAGAGAGCAGUUGGGGGGCGGGGAGGGGAGGAGGGGAGCGGAAGGGGCAGGAGGAGGAGGAUGCAGAUGGGCAAGUGGAAGGGGCAGGAGGGCUGACGUAGCCAAGUUGGGUGACAGGGAGCGGUCCCCUAGAUGGGGGGACCCGCGGUGGAGCAGGAGGAAGUCAAGUGUGGAUCGUUGAGAGUGCGGACGAGGCUGAGGGGGGAGGGCGGUUGUGCUUGAGGACCUGCUCCCCGUCCCAUCCCCUUUGCCCCCCGAGGAGGGCGAGAGCCGCACGGGCGGGACGCCGGGAGCUCUUCCUUUCUCCUCCGGGGCGGAGGGAGGCGGCCCGGGGGACCCCUCCCCCGACGAGGCCUUCCCUCACCUGGGGGGGGGGGGGGAGGACACCCCCUCUGGCCCCGGCCCCCCUCGCCCUUCCCUAUUUAAAAAACAAUUUCUCGCUCAGUCACGAUCCCGCAGGCAGACCAGUAUUACGCGGUUCCCGGGGCCGCCGAUCUCCCCCUCGCCCGGCAACUCGGGCCCAAGCACUCGUAUCGGAGAAGGGCCGAGGGAGCCGGGCUCCAGUCGAGGGGAGGGAGGGUCUCGGUGGCCGGACGGAGCCGACCUGCCGACGGUUGAGGGCCGAGCGGGGGGCGAUGGGAAGAGAAAAGAAAGGGGGGUGGGAAGAUCUCUCCCCCCGGCCCCAAGGCUCCCUAACCAGUGUCGGCAGCAGGGGCCGGCGGUUCGUGCUAGUGGUGGGAUCCGUCGGGAGGUCUUCUCGCUUCCAAAGUGACUCGAGAACCGGUUUUGUUUCCUGUUGAUUUCUUUAUUUUCCCUCCUGUGGAUGAAAUAACUGAAAGCCUAGAGGAAUAAACUAAUGCUACUGAACUGUUUAAAUUAUUUUGUGUUAAUAGUACACUUUGCGUAUCUUUUUCCACAUUAAAGAAACCUGUUUCUGAC